AUGUAUGUUGAUGGCGUAUACCUACACAGCAAGAGCUCUCUUAUCUCUUUCUUUUCUUUUGAGGUCAUGAAACGCGUACGCACAGAACAGAUUCAGAUGGCAGUGUCCUGCUACCUCAAGCGCCGUCAGUAUGUGGACUCUGAAGGUCCCCUAAAACAAGGGCUGAGGCUGUGUCAGACUGCUGAAGAGAUGGCAGCUAAUCUCACAGUCCAAUCUGAAUCUGGUUGUGCCAACGUUGUGUCUGCAGCUCCGUGCCUGGCGGAGCCACAGCAAUAUGAAGUACAAUUUGGACGAUUACGCAAUUUUCUCACAGAUUCAGAUUCUCAGCACAGCCAUGAAGUGAUGCCUCUUCUGUAUCCCCUCUUCGUCUACCUCCACCUGAACAUGGUCCAGAAUGGCCUAAAAAGCACAGUGGACAGUUUUUACAGCCGCUUCCAUGGCAUGUUCUUGCAGAAUGCCAGCCAGAAGGAUAUCAUUGAGCAGUUGCAGACUACCAUGACUAUUCAAGAUAUCCUGUCCAACUUGAAGCUCCGGGCUUUUCUGGACAACAAGUACGUCAUCCGCCUUCAAGAGGACAGCUACAACUACCUUCUUCGCUACCUCCAAAGUGACAACAACAACGCCCUGUGCAAAGUCCUGACCUUGCACAUUCACCUGGAUGUGCAGCCCGCCAAGAGGACUGACUACCAGCUCUACGCCGGUGGGAGCUCCUCGCGCAAUGAGAGCAACGGCCUGGAGCCCAGCGACGUGCCGGCUUCCAUUCUGCAGAACGAGGCAGCGCUGGAUUUACUGCAGGACAGCAUUAAACGUGUCAAGGACGGACCCCCUUCCUUAACGACCAUCUGUUUCUAUGCCUUCUAUAACACGGAGCAGUUGCUGAACACUGCAGAGAUUUCACCGAACAGCAAGCUGCUCGCCGCUGGGUUUGAUAAUUCAUGUGUGAAGCUGUGGAGCCUGCGUUCCAGGAAGUUAAAAUCUGAGCCCCACCUCGUUGAUGUGUCCCACAUCCGCCUGGCUUGUGACAUCCUGGAUGAGGAG